UCAGUCCCUCUCUUCCUUUUUUUUAUAACGGCUUCCAAAAUCCGCGGCGUUCUUUAUGUUUUUACAUGCAUUGUGCCGGCUUGAGCUUGCGUCCAUUAACCGUUGGCUAUAAAAUACUUAUUGAGAGUUGUUCUCGUCCAAUCCAUCAGACAAGCGCCUUUAACUUCGCCAGCUACAGCAGUGAUAAAUACCAGAAUUUGUGGAGUGAAGAUUUUGAUUCGAUCUAUUGUGCUAAGAUGCCGAAGAGCAAAGAGAGUCAUUCGUCUUCUGACGACAGCAGUCACAGUAGCAGUGAGGAUGAAAAGCCAAAGAAGAAGCAAAAGGUAGAAAAAUCCAGGCAUGAGAGUAAGGAAGAGAAAUCAGAAUCCAGCAAGAAGACAAAGACAUCAAGCAAGGCCAGGGAGGAAGAGCCCUGCUGGGAACUUGGGAACAAGAAGAGACUGAAGGUUCGAACCUUCAAAGGAAAACUUUACGUGGACAUUCGAGAGUACUAUGGAAAUGACGCUGGCGAGUUGAAUCCAUCCAAGAAAGGAAUAUCACUGCAAGCUCCACAAUUCGAGGAGCUCAUGAAGAUCAUCCAUGAGGUGGAGGACGUCGUCAAGAUAAAAUUGGGAAACUAAUGAAUAUGUCUUUUACUUCACUUACAUUUUGUUUUUCCAUUAUUCUCCAUUUUUUUACAAUUACUUUUCCAGAUGUAAUAAAAAUUAUUCACAUGAUUUG